AUGGCUGAUGCUGGAUUUGUUUGGCUUAGUGGAGGCUGGUUGGUUGGUUUCCAGCUCGGCUCAGGAGCUGGCAUGUUCCCUCUGUGUGGUUGUUUUGUUUCUGUCAGUGGGCUGACCCUUCGUGUGAGAGCAGAGGGAGAGACGGGAUUCUGCUGCUUGCAUUCUUGCUAUGGAAUUGUUCAAGUACCCACUGGACCAUGGUUUUGCAGGAAGUGUGAAUCUCAGGAAAGAGCAGCCAGAGUGAGAUGUGAAUUAUGCCCUCAUAAGGAUGGUGCUUUAAAGAGAACAGAUAAUGGGGGUUGGGCUCAUGUGGUUUGUGCUCUGUACAUUCCCGAGGUGCAGUUUGCAAAUGUUGCUACAAUGGAACCUAUCGUGUUGCAGUCUGUUCCUCAUGAUCGUUAUAAUAAGACGUGCUAUAUUUGUGAUGAACAAGGCAGAGAAAGUAAAGCAGCCACUGGUGCUUGUAUGACAUGUAACAAACACGGAUGUCGACAAGCUUUUCACGUAACGUGUGCACAGUUUGCAGGACUUCUUUGUGAAGAGGAAGGCAAUGGUGCAGAUAACGUCCAGUACUGCGGCUACUGUAAAUACCAUUUUAGUAAACUGAAAAAGAGCAAACGGGGAUCUAAUAGGUCAUAUGAUCAAAGUUUAAGUGAUUCUUCCUCUCACUCUCAGGAUAAACAUCAUGAGAAGGAGAAAAAAAAAUACAAAGAGAAAGACAAACACAAGCAAAAAUAUAAGAAGCAGUCGGAGUCUUCACCAUCCUUGGUUCCAUCUCUUACUGUUACUACAGAAAAAACAUACACAAGCACUAGCAACAACUCCAUGUCAGGCUCCUUGAAGCGAUUGGAAGAUACCACAGCUCGAUUCACAAAUGCAAAUUUCCAGGAAGUUCCUACACACAUUUCAAGUGGAAAAGAUUCUUCAGAGGCUAGAGGGUCAGAGAGCAAAGGGAAGAAAUCUGCAGGUCACAGCUCAGGUCAGAGGGGAAGAAAGCCUGGUGCUGGAAGAAAUCCAGGAACUACUGUGACUGCAGCCAGCCCUUUUCAGCAAG